GAGAUCCUUAGGAAUGAAAGUUACAGAGAAGAAAUGAAACAGAAAAUCAAAGAUGCAUCUGAAAAGGAUAAGCUGCUUCAGGCUCAGGGAUACAAGGAGGGACUUGUUGCUGAACCAGCUCAUACUCGCAUUAAAGGCCACGCGUCUGCCCCUUACUAUGGAAAGAAGGAGCCUUCACAAGAUCCAGCCAGCACCGCAAAUACCUUUCAGCCGGGCUCCUGGAUGCCACCAAGCAGUGAUAGUAGUCGUAAUAAGUAA